CGCGCGUUUUCUUCGCCGCCGUCGAUCGGCUGGCUCCAUGGCCGGCGUUCAUUAGAGGUAGUGUCAUGUUGCUUUGGCAUCAGUGUCACUUCGAAUGUAUUUGUACACGGUCAUGAAUGACAGCCCAUCUUGGCCAAUUUCACAAAGAAGAGGAUGUUCAUGGAACUUCUGCUUCUCGAUCAUCAUUCAGAUCUUGACUCACCUGAGAAACAGGCCCUUCAAUCAUUCUGGUCAGCUCAUGUUUAUCUACAACAAACACAGUUUCCAUCUCAAAUUAUGUAUUGCAUCGAACUGCAGCUGCUAAGUUAACAAAUUUCACGUCACAUACUGGUGAUAAUAAACCUGAUUCUGAUUCAUCAUGGAGCAAGAUGCUGUAAACCUGGAGCCGCACACGCACAAAAUGCCGGAGGAACUCAGCAGGUCAGGCAGCAUCUUUGGAGGGGUGAGUCGACGUUUUGAGCCAAGAUCCGUCAUCAGGACUGGAAAGGAAGGGGGAAGAAUCCAGGACUAUCUGGCUGCUCAAGUAGACCACAUUAGAAUUUCCUUUAAGUAUCCAGCACUGAUGACACAGCUAAUGCUUCUCCUCCAUUUGAGGCCUUACUCUUUGCAAAUUGGCACAGCGUUUCUCUAUCUCACAAUUUAUCUCAAGGUGCAUUACAAACUCGACUUCAUUUUCAAUAAUAAUUGACCAAGCAAAAACAGGUAUAUGCUGUAUAUUUUCCAUCCUUUUUAAUUUUUGUUAGUUCUACUUACUAUGAGCAAUAAUAUUUUUGAAGGGUACAGGUCGAGCAUCAGGCUGUCUUUGAUGGUGAUGUGAUAUUAAUGCUGGCAAGCUGCACACACACGGGCUAUUUUGACCAAGCAGAUAAUCUGAGUCAGUUUUACGGUUCGCUGCAAACGGUAAACAACUACACUUCCCGGUGGCCACCGGGUCCCGGUGACGGCCUGCUCGGGGCGGAUCAGACAUGAUGUCAUCCUGGUAAAUUGGUGCUGGCUGGGUUUGUGACCAUCCUCCCCAGGAUUGGGCGUCCUCCUCUGGUCGGAAGCAUCAGCAUCUGCACACGGAGCUGCCAUCCAGCCAGCUGUUUUUUGUGCAGCCCAGCGGCUGCAAUCGCACGACUCUCAUCCAUCCGAAUGAAAAAGGCGUUGCCAGCUGCAAAUGGGUGAGAACUGCCGCCGCCGAGUAUCUGGUCUCCUGUCUCCCUGCGCUGCGGAUCAUCACCGUGCAGUGCAUCCCUCGCUCGGCUCAGACACAAUACACAGAGCGAGUUGUUAUGCCGUUUUGAUCUGCAUUAAGAAGCCUGUAUUUUGAGCAAAUAAGGUCACCGCCUGCAAAAUAAAUGAACAAAAACAAAAUGUCUAGAGCCAAGACUUGCGAAUCGGUGAAGGUUGUUGUCAGAUGUCGCCCAAUGAAUGGGAAAGAAGAGGCGGCUGCUUGCGAGCAGAUCAUGGAUAUGGAUAUGAAAUUGGGACAGGUGACUAUUCGCAAUCCCAAAGCCACGUCCAGCGAGAUGCCCAAGUCAUUCACGUUUGACGCCGUCUAUGAUCACAGUUCCAAGCAAAGCGAGCUGUACGAUGAGACAGUCCGCCCUUUGGUUGAUUCGGUGUUACAGGGCUUCAAUGGGACAGUUUUCGCCUAUGGUCAGACGGGGACAGGGAAAACAUACACCAUGCAAGGUAUCUGGGCCGACCAAGAGAAAAGAGGAAUCAUUCCUAACACCUUCGAGCACAUUUUCACCCACAUCUCGCGAUCCCAGGACCAGCAGUAUCUAGUGAGGGCAUCCUAUCUCGAAAUCUACCAGGAGGAGAUCCGAGAUCUCCUGAGCAAGGACCAGAACAAAAAGCUGGACUUGAAAGAAAAACCAGAAACCGGUGUUUAUAUUAAAGAUCUUUCAUCCUUUGUAACUAAAAAUGUCAAGGAAAUAGAACACGUAAUGAAUGUUGGAAACCAGACCAGAGCUGUUGCAUCCACCAAUAUGAAUGAGUACAGUUCAAGAUCUCAUGCCAUUUUUGUUGUUACAAUUGAAUGCAGUGAGCUUGGCCUGGAUGGUGAGAAUCAUAUCAGAGUGGGCAAGUUGAACCUGGUUGAUCUUGCUGGAAGUGAGCGUCAGAGCAAAACUGGUGUCCAAGGAGAACGCCUGAAAGAGGCUGCUAAAAUUAAUCUUUCGCUAUCUGCUUUGGGUAAUGUAAUAUCGGCUUUGGUGGAUGGCAAGAGUACACAUAUUCCCUACAGAGACUCAAAGCUGACCCGCCUGUUAGAAGACUCCUUAGGUGGUAAUGCUAAGACAAUUAUGGUGGCCACUGUUGGCCCAGCAUCCAGCAAUUACGAUGAGAGUUUAACAACUUUGAGGUAUGCCAACAGAACCAAGAAUAUUAAAAAUAAGCCAAGGAUUAAUGAAGACCCAAAAGAUGCGUUAUUGAGAGAAUUUCAAGAAGAGAUUGCAAGAUUGAAGGCACAGUUGGAAAGAAGAGGGAUGCUCAGUAAGAAAAGAAGGAAAAGCCAAAAGAAGAUCAUUCUGGAAGGAGAAGAGCUCAUGGAUGAAGUUGAGGAUACUGAAGAUAACAUGGAAAAGAACAUGGAGAAUUAUCUAAAAGAACAAAAAGAGACAUUGGAGAAGGAAAAAGCAGCAAUCCAAGACGAUCAUAACUUAGUGGCAGAGGAAAAGCAGAAAUUGUUAGAAGAGAAGGAGAAGAUGAUGGAAGAUCUGAGGAAGGAGCAGGAAGCCACAGAGCAGCUUGCAGCCAAGUUUAAGGCAAUGGAAAGCAAGCUGCUGGUUGGAGGGAAGAAUAUCAUAGACCACACCAAUGAACAGCAAAAGAUGCUGGAGCAGAAAAGGCAAGAGAUUGCAGAGCAGAAACGGAGGGAACGUGAAAUACAACAGCAGAUGAUGCUGCAGGAUGAAGAGACAUUAGAACUGAGAGAAACAUACACCUCACUUCAGCAAGAAGUAGAAAUGAAAACCAAAAAGCUGAAAAAGGUGAGAAAAAAACUGUUGGCAAAGUUUGAGUCUGUGAAAGCUGAGAUCCAAGAUCUACAGAAUGAACAUGUGAAGAAGCGACAGAACCUGGAACAUGCGCAGAAUGAGCUCACGCGGGACCUUAAACUCAAGUAUCUGAUAAUUGAAAAUUUUAUUCCACCUGAAGAGAAAAAUAAGAUUAUGAACCGGCUGUGUUUUGACUGUGAGGAGGAUCAAUGGAAAUUUCUUCCUCUGGUGCCUGCUGACAAACACCAAAUGAAGAAACGAUCUACGUCUGCAGUUGGCUACAAGCGACCAAUCAGCCAGUAUGCCAGAGUUGCUAUGUCAAUGGGCAUUCAUCCCAGAUAUCGUGCUGAGAACAUUCUGUUCCUAGAAUUGGAUAUGGCAACACCCCAGGUGUUUGAGCUGGACAUCCCACGGUCAUGGUCACUACAUGGAGCAACCGGAGGAGAGCCACACCAUAGCAGUUCUGUUUUCUCAGACCGGUCCACCGCAGCGAGAGUUCGCAAAUCAAGAUCAUGGUCCAGACCUGAGAGACGAGUAACAUCUUCCACCUCUUUCUCUUCACUGGCUUCAGGCUCUCAGCUGUUCUCUCAUUCAGAGGGGAAGGUGUCACAGUGAGGAGUACUGUGAAACUUGUGCCUGUUCUUUGGUGAGAAAUUUGUCCUCAGCCUACGGCAUUAAAGGUGCAGGUUAGCGGUGGCUCCAUUUCCAAAAUUUGCUUCAGGUAACUGCAGCUGAAGCAAAUGUUGGAAGCGGCGUGCAAUACACAGCUGCCUCCGAAUUGCAGACUUAGGCCUGAAGACUGAGGGCAGAUUUCAGGCCGUUUAUUUUCCCUGUCACUCAAUCCAUCUCAUUGCAGCCCAAAUAAAAAUGGUUCAUGCUUCUCACUUUCAAGUGGAAACUCCUGCAUUUGACAGAGUCCCGCCAAUUUCCAUCUGCUUUACUGCCUUAAUUUUCAGUCUGAGCUACAGGGUUAAAGAGGCACAUAAUGGAGCUUAGUGGGGAAACUCGUUUUCCCAAACGAGCUUAAAAAUCAGAACUAUGAAAAUUAGCAGUUUUUGAGAAUCAGAUGUUAUCAGCACAACUGGUCUUUCAAUAGAGCUCAAGCCAGAAAUAAAACUUAAUUGAUCAUCCAGUUUUAUUUACACUGCAAUGUUUUCAGAAUACUCAGCCUCUUCAAUGUCAUUCCCACCCUUCCAAUAUAUUCAUGCCUUCCAUUCAAUUUGGAAAUCUGUUCUGAAAGAAGAUGUGUGUCAUGUUGUGCUGAAUACAGCGGAUUGCCUGCCAUGUUUAUUUCCAAGAGCAGUAAUGUCGCUUUGUAAAUUUGUUGGACUUUUGAUCCUAAUUAAAUUGAUGUUGCUGUUGCUCCAAAAAAUGUUGAAAUAUUUAAUCGCAGGUCCUGCUGUCACUGGGAUUGAGGGUACUUUAUUGUGGAAUAAAAUAAAUAUUAUAUGCUCAAGGACAAUUGUGUGCAUUUGCUCGCUGUUUUCAAUCAAGACUGCAGAUUGCCUUUUUCAGAAGAUGGAGGUUACGAUUUGAAUGAAACAGGUCAAUCAGGAAAAUGCUAUUAUCUAACAAAAGGAAAUGCAGAAAUUACUCAGCAGGUCAAUCAGUAACUGUGGCAAGAAUAGACUUGAUGUUGCAGGUCGAGGACCUUUUUCCAGAGCUGUGAAGCUUGUAAAGCUGCCAGGAGGGUGGAAGAGCGGGAACCUCUCUAAUAGGGAAAAGCUGGGGUGGUGAUCAGUUGUAAACAAGAUUUUCCGGUCAGUGAGUGAGAACUGAGACCACAGAUAUAGGAGAUGCAAAAUGCAGAGUGGGAAGAUGUGCCUAACAGGUCAGGCUGGGGUGUCCUCCACUUCCAUGAGG